AUAAUAUUAAACAAAGAUUGCAAAUGCUUGUUAAACAGGCCAAUGAAGAUUUAUUAGAUGUAACUCCUACUCACAUUAUAACAGUCACUGGUGAAAUUAAUGAAUUUGAAAUAAAUUAUUAUGAUAAACAGUAUAAUACAAUUUUAACUUUUGCUCGAAUAUUUACAAAUCAAGCAACUAGUAUUGCAUAUCAACACAUGUUUAAUGCAUUAUUUGAUCUUGUCAAACAAUUUACUAAUGAUUCGGCAAAGUUUAAUCAUAUUCAUAGAAAAGGAUGGACUUGUAUUAUUGGUGAUCUUGAUAUAGCACAGCUUACUGGCUUAGAUGAAGCUUUAGCUUUAAUUGAUAAUUCUUAUACUUGGGAAGAGCAUUUAAUUUAUAUUUUCAAAUCUU